ACGCGACUAUUGUAUAUUGCCAGAGAAGACAAUACGCAUUCUUGUCUGACGAACGGCCCUAUUGAAGAAUAUACGAACAUGCGUUAUCUUGCUAUUCUUACCUUUCACUAUCACACACAUCAAAGUGGUCCUGAUUAGGUUGAUGUAAAUUGAUACAGGUUUGUUACAAUGCCUCAUAUAUGCAGAAAUACAGUGCUUCAGUGUAAGAAUUUCUUGAACAGUUUUCGAGGUCCAAUGGCUACUUUAAGACGCAUGUAUUCUCAGGAAAACGAUGGAAGCUUUAUUGGAUUUAUUGGUGGGGGUAACAUAGCCUAUUCUAUUGGGAAAGGAAUAAUAAAAACACGUUUAGUGGAGUCAUCGAAGGUAUAUGUUGCAGAACCAUAUGUACCAAUGCACAGACGAUGGAGAGACUUAGGUGUUAAUGUCACGACUGAAAAUGGUGUUGUUGUGACAAAAUGUAAGACUAUAUUUCUAGCAGUAAAAACUACUGCUCUGAAGGAUGCAGUAAAAGGUAUAGCAAAAACAUUGCCUGGUCCUGCUGAGAGUUGUCUGAUUGUGUCAGCUCUUGCUGGUAUUUCACUGGAUACAUUGCGCAAGAUUAUUUUACCUGUAUUACCUGAAGCAAGAAUAGUACGGUCUACUCUGAAUACACCUCUUUUAGUUGGGGCUGGGUGUACAGUGUUUAGUGUAGACGAACGUGUAACUGAACAAGACGUUGUUCAAUUAAAAAAACUUAUGUCUUCCAUUGGUAUGGUUGAUGUUGUACCAGAGACUCAAAUGAAUGCUGUUGGAGCACUUGUUGGUUGUGGGCCAGCUUAUAUGUUUGUCAUGCUAGAGGCAAUAGCAGAUGGUGCUGUAAAGAUGGGAGUUCCAAGAGAUCUCGCCCUUCGAUUAGCAACGCAAAUAAUGCAUGGAUCUGCAAAGAUGGUUCAAGAUACUGGUAAACAUCCUGGAGAACUUAAAGAUGAAGUAUGUUCUCCAGGAGGUACAACAAUUGGAGGUUUACAUGCAUUGGAAAAGGGGGGACUACGGGCAACUCUCAUUGACACUAUUGAGGCUGCAGUGGAACGAUCAAGAGCUAUUUCAGCAAAUUAAAGAUUGCCAGUUAUUAUUUUAUGGUCUCAAUUUUAUAUGUAAAUAUGUCUGUAUAUACAGUAUAUGUACACACAAUGUUUUACCCUAAUUACACACACAAUUAUGGCUUUAAUUUUAUAAGUAUUUAAAAAUGAAUGACAUUAUUGAAUUACUUAA